UGCCUCUUAACUUCGGAGAGGCAAGGGGCGCACUUUGCAAUUUAUUACGCUUGUGCAUUUUCUCCUCCCUGAUUGGCGAGCGCAUUACACUUUCUCUUUUUUUUCCCGGAGCUGUCUUAGCAACUGUCGGGGUUGAGACCGAAGGAGACGCCCCCUGCGGUUUGGCUGCACCAGACCUCACCGCAGGGUAGAUUGGCUGAAGGUGAAUAGAGGGUCAGGCACUUCCAAGGCCUGUGAAGAAGAACCAGUGGCCCCAGAACAGAAGCAGGAUAGAGCCUGCAGUGACGCGUGACACGGAGGAGCGACAAGAUGAUCCGUCGGAAGUCCGGCCAAUUCCAGGGACUGAGAAUGCAGCCGGAGCUUCAGCAACCCUCCGAACUGCGGCGGGACCCCAAGAACAUCAGCUCAGUGGAUAAACAAGCCACGCAUACGGGAACAGGUGUGCGGACCGAGUCCGGCACCGCGGCCUCUGUGGAAGAGGAUGAUCCUGCAGCCAACUUGUUCCCGCCGCCACUGCCCCAGCCUCGGAUCUGCAUGUGGAAGUACCUGGACAUCCAUUCCAUGCACAGGCUGGAGAAGACAGCCAACAAUGAGGAGAUGAGGGAGGUGCUGGCCAACCUAUUGGGGUUAGGCUAUCCUGAGCAGAGCCCACGGGAUGCCAUUACCCUGGAUCUCUUCUCCCAUGUACUCAUCUUCUGUGCCCAGCAGGGCUUCUCAGUGGAGCAGACAUCAACAGCUUACGCCCUGCUUCAAGAUCUUCACAAGGCCUGUGUUGCAACCCCCUUGGGCAAUGUGGAGGAAUGUUACCGCUACUUCACCAGUGUCCUUUUUUGCCAUGGAGUCAGGCGGCCUCCUUUUAGUAUUAACCUUUUUAAGGAGGAACAGCUGCUGGCCCUGGCUGAUUAUGUGGUCAAUACCUACUUCCGCCACUUCAAGCUCUACAAAUACGUCUUUACACCCCAGGUGCGACUGGAUCUAUCUUUGACUUAUGUGGGGCUACAGUCACCCAAGCUCUGGCCAGAGGAUGAGAUAGAGAAAGAAGGCAGCGAGGAAGUGGAAGAGCAGGCAGUCACCCUACAGGAGGAGGAACCAGAAACAGUGGUUGAGCCACAGCAAGAGCCAAGCCAGGUCUCCAUCCUUCGAGCCUACAUCAAGACCCAGCUGAACAAGGAGCUGGAACAGCUCCAACAGCUGGUGGAGGAGCAGCUCAAGGCCAGUGAGGAAAGGCUCAGCAGCAAGUUGACUGCACUAGAGCGGCCCUUCCAACUACCUCCAGGCAAAGGCAAGAGUAAGACCAAGUGAUGCCCUGUUUUCUCCAAUAAAGGCCUGGGCCAGAGUGGCCCCAUCC